UAGGUGACAGCGUCCCAGGAGUUGCCUGUUUGCAACAACAUUAUUUUCUCUCUGCUGUGAGACCCUCUCUCUCUACCUGCGGCUUCAUGCCUCCAGCUCCACGUAGGAGGACCACGUGACCUUCGAGAAUGCACUCAGUUGCUGCAGACACAGGCGCCUAAAAGGUGCCCCCUACGUGAUGACGCGUAAUUCGCGCGCCGAAGCCGAAAGCGCCUGCCUCCUCUUCCGUCGGCUUCCCACGCCGGCUUGUUUGCACGGCACGUGUGUUGCUGAAUGGAGCUGGUCGCUGGCAGCUACGAGCAGGUCCUGUUUGGGUUCAGAGUGCACCGCGAGCCCGCGACGAGUGGCGACCGGGAGACAUGGACUCCUGUGGCUGACUUCACUCACCAUGCCCACACUGCCUCCUUGUCGGCGGUGGCAGCCAACAGUCGCUUUGUGGUCACUGGGAGCAAAGAUGAAACAAUUCACAUCUAUGACUUGAAAAAGAAGAUAGAGCAUGGGGCUCUGCUGCACCACAGUGGCACCGUGACUUGCCUAAAAUUCUAUGGUGGUCGACACUUAAUUAGUGGCGCAGAAGACGGACUCAUAUGUGUCUGGGACGCCAAGAAAUGGGAAUGCCUGAAGUCCAUGAAAGCCCACAAAGGACAUGUGACUUUCCUUUCUAUCCACCCGUCUGGCAAGUUGGCCCUGUCUGUUGGUACCGAUAAGACAUUGAGAACAUGGAAUCUUGUAGAGGGAAGAUCUGCUUUCAUAAAAAAUAUAAAACAAAAUGCUCACAUAGUGGAGUGGUCCCCAAGUGGAGAGAAGUACAUAGUUGUUGUGCUGAAUAAAGUGGAUAUCUAUCAGCUGGACACUGCGUCCGUGAGCGGCACCAUCACAAAUGGAAAGAGAAUCUCGUCAGUCACGUUUCUUUCAGACUCUGUCCUUGCAGUAGCUGGAGAUGAAGAAGUUGUAAGGUUUUUUGACUGUGAUUCCCUAGAGUGCCUCUGUGAAUUUAAAGCUCAUGAAAACAGGGUAAAAGACAUACUCAGUUUUGAAAUUCCAGGACACCAUGUUCUUGUCACAGCAUCAAAUGAUGGUUUCAUCAAAAUGUGGACGCUUAAGCAGGAUAAGGACCCCCCGUCUUUGCUGUGUGAGGUGAACACUGGUGCCAGGCUGACGUGUCUUGGAGUGUGGUUAGACAGAGCAACAGAUGGAAAAGGGAGUCUUCCUCCAGCAACAGAGCCUUGCCCUGUAAAUAAAGAACAACCCAAAAAGAUUAAAAAGGAAUCUGGUGAUAAGAAUCAGGAAGAAGAAACAUCAGGACCUAACUCAAAGAAGUCUGGUUUAAUUGGUGACAUCAAGAAGCCAACAAAAGGAAAAAGCCCAGUGUCAGCCAAGAAGAGGAAAAUGACAGGCAUGUUGGAAAAGAAGAGAAAAAAGAAAAUGUAACUUACAUGGCAAAUCUCAGACAUAUUUUACCCCAGAGAAUGUCUUCUUGGCAAAUUCUCCUUUUCAGAUAUCAUACCUACUUUCCCAUGUGAGACACAAAAGGAUUUUCUCCUUCUGGAGAAAAUGUGUAGCCUAAAACUGAGCCACUUUUAGGUGGCGCUUUGUUUUGUUAAAUAGUAAAAUUAUUUUUGGCAGAUGGCAUUUUAUUAUAUAUUGUCAUAUGUAGUCAUUGUAAUGUACACUUUUUACUGUUCAAAGCAAGUAAAGAUGUAAAACUACGGUA